AUGUUCACCAUAUUCUGGUUACCUUCAGUGAACAGUUUGGUUAUCAGUGGAAGGGCGAAAAGUGACGAUACAGUAGAGUUACAGUGUGGUGCAGAAGAAGGCGUUAAGCAAAACGCAUUCCCAAGCACCCCUGAACGCGCUUCUUCAAACCUCUUCCUAUUUUUGCUUCUCCCUCUUCUCCUUCUCCCCGCAGAGAAGAGAAGGGGAGAAGAACCCAAACAUAUUCUCCACCAAUAUUCCCCAAAACUAUCAAACAAGGCUUCUCAUCGCUCUCCAACCGAUUCCGCCAUUUCUCGCUUCCAGGUGCAUUGGUUUUUCCUCUCAAUGGUAUGUUCCCCGGGAAGUGGGAGAAUGGAGGUCAUCGCAAGGCUUCUCGCUGGUGGGAGCUUCUCUCAGACUGUAGCAGACGAUUUUGCCCAUCAGAAGUCGGCUGCUGAGUAUAUUUGCAGAGAACUACAUGAGGCAGACGAAGCAAAUUUGCUUCACGAAGAAGAUAUGCAUAUCUAUGGUGAGAGCCCCAUGACUGAUGCCUUGCAGCUGGUAUGCUGCAACACUUGCAAGAAGCCAAUUAAGGACAGUCAAUUUGCUGCUCAUGCAGAAUUAUGUAGGUCAUUAAAGCUCACAGAACAAACUACGUUGGAGCUUGAUGGCAGCACUGGUUAUCGAAAACCUCCUAGGAAGGAAAAGAAAAAGUUAGCUGCUUCUUGUGCAAACCACGCUUCAGCAGUUGGGGGACAAAGAAGGUCUGAGUCUCUGGAUAAUAUUGACUCAAAUUUGUCACAAUCCCACCUGAAUAGUCAAAUCAGAGUGACUCCCUUUACCAACAAGGUUAGAGUUCCAAUUUCCUUAGGACACUCUACUUGUGUAGAUGCAGCAUCUAUGAUGGAUGGUACUGGAAUUAAUCCUGGAAAUAGGGAACACCCAGCUUCUGUUAUGCAUCCUCCAACAAAACGUCAUAAAUUGAGAGCAAACACACACCUACCUGUACUAGAAAGCCCUGGAACAGAAUCUGGAGAGACCAAAACUGCGAGUUUCACAGAUGGAAUUACUUGCAAGGAUUUGCUUGAAAGAACUACUUCAGAACAUGGAGAUCCUAACCAAAAAAUCCUUGGGCAGGUCCUUGUACAACAUCAGAACUUACCGAAGAAUGAAUUUCCUGCACCCCUUGCUACAAAGAUAUUUUAUUCACAAAAGACCAAUAGACUGCGUGCCAGAAUUCGCCAUCUUUACUUCCAGAACUUGGAUGAGCAAUUGUGUACUGAUGUGUGUCCAAAGACAUCACAUGCUGAGAUGGUUGCAUUCCAAGAAUCAUCUCUUAGGUGCCCUUCAUUUGAUCAAAUGGACAAUGUACACGAGAGCCGAUCGCCUGCUAAAAAAUCUGAUCAUAUUCUUCCAAAGAGCUCAGAAAUUUGCUUACUAAAAGCAGGAGGCCUUCCUAGUAGUGGUUUGUCAAAUCAGUUUCUUCUUGAUAAUGUUUCAAGGUCUUCAGCCACAAAUGUUGGUUUGACCAGAAGCAACUUUCUUCCGACAUCAUAUUCAUUUGCUAGCAACACAGGAAAGUCACUGGGAACAAUGCAGCAACCAAAUGGGAGUGUUCCUGUUAUUUAG